AUGGACAGAAAUUUCAACGAAUCCUUGAACCCUUCAUCCCAGCUUCACAUGGGGAUUCAAUCUGGCGGGCCGGCACCGGAAUUAGGUUUUCCGAUCAUCGACGAAUUAGGGAUUCACCUUCUCCCAAACACGCCCUUACCCACCUCACUCUCUGCAAUCGACCAAGAUUGCGACUUUUCCAACGCCCCUUUGCUUAGAUACAUAAACGAGAUGCUAAUGGAGGAGCAUUUCGAAGAUCAGACCCACAUGCUCCAAGAAUCCCUCCAUUUUCAGGCCAAAGAGAAGUCCUUUUACGAGGCCAUCGGCAAACGGUACCCGUCCUCUCCCGGACCCUACCCGGCCUGUUUUGUCGAGAGCCCAGAUUAUGAUGCUAGCAACAACCCGUAUUCAAACCCGUACAGCUCGUCUUCCAGCAGCAGAGAUUGUGGUGGGUACUUAAUCGACAUAGUCAAUUCGGGUCGGGUUAACGGGCGCAACCCAUUUGUUGGAUUUGAUCCUGGUAGUCAUGAUAUUUUUGCUGAGCGGUUUAGCCCGUGUGAUGAGACUCGACCCGUGUGUACUUUUGAAGGCAAUUUAGCUCGAGAACCUGUAAAAGAAUCCGAUUUUAGAGCUAAGAGGAACUGGCACAAUGUCGAUUAUGAACCGGAAUUGGAAAACGAGGAAAGAAGCAGCAAAAUACGAGCUCCGGACUCAGAUAUCGACAAGCUCACGGGCGAAUUCGACUCGAUGCUGCUCAACUCCAUGGGCGAAGGUCAAGAGAAAUAUAGUGCUUACCGAGAGGAGUUAAAAAAUGCUCUAAAGAAGGAUAAGCUGCCUCAGGCAGCGGCAAAGAGCCGAAAGGCUCGCGCGGCCAAGAAGCAGAGCAAGAAAAAGGAAGUAAUCGACUUGCAGGCCCUUCUGAUCAGCUGCGCGCACGCCAUUGCAGUCGAUGAAAACCGCACCGCAAACGAGCUUCUGAAAAAGAUUCGGGAGCACUCGUCGCCAGAUGGCGACGCCAGCCAGAGGCUGGCCCACUAUUUCGCGGAUGCCCUCGAGGCCCGUUUGGCCGGCGCGCGAAGCCCGAUUUACAAAUCGAUCGUGGCCCGAAAAACAAAGGCUUCGGAUUACCUGCGGGCCUACUACACGUCCCUGGCUUCGGCCCCAUUCAAGAAGAUCUCGGAGUUCGCCACGCUUCGGACAAUAUUUACCGAGUCCCGAAAGGCUGACAAAGUCCAUGUCAUCGAUUUUGUCUCCUGUUCAAUCCCAGACGAGCUUUUGCUGUUGUGGGUGUUUUUAGUGUUUUUCAAGCUCCCGUGA